UCGUCCUCGGCGCUCUCGGAUGGCGUCACCCAAGCGACGAGCGGGAAAAAUAAAAGCCGUUGUUGCGGAAGAGCGGCUCGUCGCCCCCCCCAACGUCACCUUUGAGGCUUCACCAGGAGGGGGAGAUGGGCCUCCUCGGAAAGGGGCGCUGAGGGGUCUCCCCCGAAGUAGCGGAUCCGGUCGGUUCCCUGGGCCGGGAAAGCCAAGCAAGAGAGAAAGACAGGCCGGCCGGCUUCUCGUCCAUCCGCCCAGCCAUGGAGGACCCGGAGUCCCGCUUCCUGCACUUCCUGCAGCCCAUCCGCGACCUCACCAAGAACUGGGAGGUGGACGUGGCCGCGCAGCUGGGAGAGUACCUGGAGGAGCUUGAACAGAUCUGUGUUUCCUUUGAUGGCGGCAAAACUACCAUGAACUUUAUUGAAGCAGCAUUGCUGAUCCAAGGCUCUGCCUGCAUCUACAGUAAGAAGGUGGAAUACCUUUACUCGUUGGUCUACCAGGCUCUUGAUUUUAUCUCCAAUAAGAAACGUGAGAAGAUGCCUGCUUCUGUAGGAGAGGAUGGGGCCGACACAGAUGCUGCCACUGGACCAGCAGCAGAAAAGGAAGAGUUCCUCUCCUUGAACGACAUCCAAGAUGCCAGCAAAGCAAACAUGCACUUGAAGGAUGACCGGCAGCCCACUGUGAGUCUUUCCGCCAUCCCCAUCUCUCCUGUG